UCAGUCGUCAGGAUUGAUGCUGUUUUUUGCGGAUUUGUGGUAGUUUCGUCUCAACAAAUUUCUUAUAAAACGGAGAUGAACUAUAAAUUAGUACCUCCAGAUGGAGGAUGGGGUUAUCUCAUAGCUGCAUCUGUAGCUAUUAUGAAUUUAGUAACUGUAACUCCUCAAACAGCUUUUGGGUUAACUUUUGGUAACUUUCUGGCAUCUAUAGGAGAUGAAACUACUGGAACAACAAUAUCUAACGGCAUUUUCAAUACUGUCCAGUCAUUCACAGGUUUAGCAUCUAGCAUCCUUCUGCAAAGAUACAGCUAUAGAAAGGUUGGAUUAUUAGGGGCGACACUAUUUGGUGUAGGUGCUUUUGGUAUUAUUUUCAUUUCUAAUUUGACGCAAAUGGUGAUUUGCUAUGGAGUUUUGCAAGGUUUAGGUUUUGGAUUAAUGAUGCCAGCGUCUUACUCUGCAUUCAAUUGCUAUUUCGAUAAAAGGAUCAAUGUUAUAAUGGGCAUCGCCCAAGCAGUGACGGUAUUGGGCGCUAUCACUUUUUCACCAGUGAUGGCACUUUGCAUAGAAUAUUGUGGAUUUAGGGGCACAGUAACUAUUUUAGCUAUUUUAUCGCUUUUGAACUUUCUUGCUAUGGGAGUGCUACAACCGGUCAAAUGGCACAUGAAAAAAAUAUCAGUGAAGGACUCAGAUAUUUUGCAAGAUGCAAAAACAACUAUAAAUGACGAAGUUACAGCAACACAAAUAAAACCGCUUUUGCGUGACGACCCAGAAGAUAAUUGUUUAACAAAUAACACAAAUUUGAGUAAAGACUCCCUAACUAAUGUAAACGUACCAUCAAAACCAAGAUUUUCUGUUAUAAGUUUAGGAGAUAGAGCAGCAUCCGUAACUGUUAUAAAUGACUUGGACGAUGGAGACGACAACCAAAAUAUAACUUGCGUGGAUUUAAGUCUACUCAAAAAUGUUAAGUACCUCAAUGUAUCUCUUGGAGUUUCGCUCUCUUAUACGUCUGACGUAAUGUUUUUUGCCCUUAUACCUUUGAUUUUAAAUCGAGCUGGAUUUAGUACGCCUGACAUAGCUCUCUUGAUGAUGGUUUAUUUUGGGUCAGAUCUUGUUUCGAGGAUUUUGAUAUCUGUAAUAAGUGCUUUCUGCAAGAUUAGGAACCGAUAUGUAUUUUUGGCAGGAUCUUUCUUUUCAGCCAUAUUUAGGAUUGCAUUUGUCCUCAGUGGUAACCAAAUGUACAAAAUGAUAACACUCGCUGCAUUGGGAUUCUUGAGGUGUUUUAUACAAACUCCACUGGCACUUGUCUUUUCAGAGGAAUACAAUGAACAGUUUCCUACUGCCUUCUCUUUGUACAUGGUGGUUUCCGGUUUUGUCAACAUAGCAGUUGGGUCAAUAAUUAGUGUUGUGAAAUCUUUCACCCAAAGCGAUGAAAUGGUGGUUCAUGUGCUGACGGGAGCAUUCUUAAUUACUAGCAUUUCCUGGAUUGUGGAACUAACUUGGAACAAAAUUAAGACCAAAGAUACCUAAAAUUUUUUAGUGGAUAAUUUAAUAGGAUUGUACACUUAUUUUUUUGUAAAUUUAAUUUAAGUAUAACACAAUAGACCUAGUCCAGUCCUAUAUCAUAUAUUUUUAGAGAGUGAAGUAUGUGACAUGCUUAAAUAUAUAUUUAACUGAGAUAUAUUAAAAUCUGCUAUCAAAAUACUGUUUCGAAUGAUUAAACAAAAUAAUACAA